CGUACUCACUCAGACAGUUAUCACUUAUCAAUAUAACAGUGCUCAAAAAACUUCAUACUCCAUAGUUAUCUCUCCGAGUUACGUUUCUUAUCAUUAUACAUAUUUAAAACUAUUUGCAUCAGCAUAAAUUAAAACCAAACAAAUACAGAAAAAGAAUACACGAACUUUUCAAAACCAAUGUCUUCAUCAUCAGCACCAGCAGCAGAAGCAUGGCUCUUAGAAAAUGGAAAUAUUAAACCCUUAAGCAAAGAAAUGAAGCAUGGACAUGGCCGUAGCCGAACAGCUCAUAACAUGUCCUCAGCAUCUCUGAGAAAAAAAUCCGAUCUUACCCUUGUUCGGAAAGUACCUUGCAGCAUUGUUAGAGAUGUUCUUGCUAAUAUUCAAGAGGUCAUUUUAGGAACUAAACUUUUUGUGCUCUUCAUUGCUGUCCCUUUCGCCAUUCUUGCUCAUUACCAAAACUUUGGAAGAUCAUGGGUUUUUGGAUUGAGUUUAGUUGGACUCACACCAUUGGCUGAACGGAUCAGCUUUUUGACAGAACAAAUAGCUUUCUUCACUGGUCCAACAGUUGGAGGGCUUCUAAAUGCAACGUGUGGGAAUGCGACGGAACUGAUAAUAGCAAUUCUUGCUCUGACGCAACACAAAGUAGAUGUUGUGAAAUACUCCCUAUUGGGCUCUAUACUUUCAAACCUUCUUCUGGUUCUUGGCACCUCCCUCUUCUGUGGUGGCAUUGCUAAUCUCUCCAAGGAACAAAAAUAUGACAGGAAACAAGCAGAUGUGAACUCACUGCUUUUGCUGUUGGGACUAUUAUGUCAUAUGCUACCAUUGAUGUUUCGUUAUGCUGAAGUUGGAGAAUCUGCUGCUGUUACAGCUAAAGCAACACUGCUUCUAUCAAGAGUUAGCUGCAUUGUCAUGCUCAUUGCCUACCUCGGUUACCUAAUUUUCCAGUUGUGGACCCACCGCCAACUUUUUGACGCACAAGCUGAAGAAAAUGAAGAAGAUGACACAGUGGAAGAAGAGGAAGCAGUGCUUGGAUUCUGGAGUGCAUUUGCAUGGUUGGUAGGAAUGACCGUAGUUGUUGCUCUAUUAUCUGAAUAUGUUGUUGGUACUAUUGAGGCAGCAUCAGAUUCUUGGGGAAUCUCAGUGAGCUUCAUUAGUGUUAUUUUGUUACCAAUUGUUGGAAAUGCUGCAGAACAUGCUGGCGCUGUCAUUUUUGCUUUCAAAAAUAAAUUGGACAUUUCUUUGGGAGUUGCCCUAGGCUCAGCAACUCAAAUUGCCAUGUUUGUGGUUCCAUUAAGUGUAAUUGUCGCAUGGAUUAUUGGUGAGAGAAUGGAUCUUGAUUUUAGUCUUCUUGAGACUGGCUCCCUCGGUUUGGCAAUAAUUGUCACAGCUUUCACUUUACAGGAUGGAACAUCACAUUAUAUCAAAGGAUUAGUCCUCCUGCUCUGUUACAUUGUCAUUGGAACAUGUUUUUUCUUCUACAACAGACCACAAAACCAACCAAAUGGUAUCAACUUGGGCUCAUCAACUGGUGGAAUCGUGAGAGUUUGAUGAUUACAUUUUGAUCAACAAAAACUGGAUGCAUAUCAUAUUCUUUGAUUGGGAAUAUUGGGUUUUACAGAAUUAUGAUGAGAGUUUGAUGUACUAUUCUUUUUUUUCUGUGUGUAUUUAAUGGGAUGAUUGAAGCAUGAUCGUUGUAAGUCAAUCAUGUCUAUAAUAUAGUUUUCUCAGUUCCCUGUAGUAUUAUUCUGUAGUUGCUGAGGCUACGGUUUCUUAUACCAGCAACUGGUUGUAAGGGUUUCGCUUUAUUUAUAGCAUUCAAAAAAAAAAAAAAAAUGGAAAUCUCCAUUGCAGUUUUUAUA